AUGGGUAUUAAGGAGAAUCGUGACGUUCAUAUUUCUAAUUUAAGGCUAAAGGCCUUGGCUGUGGUGACAGUUUUGUUGUUUUUAUGUGGUUUGCAUUUAUCCAGAUGGUCAAGGACCUUGAAAGAUAAUCAGACUGCAAGUGAACCAUUGUGUCCAAACGCACCAAAUUUGAAACCGCCUUCAUACAUCAAUGAUAACUCGACCUUGGAAAUGAUCACACACGAUGUCGAAUAUCGUAGCGAUGCCGUUGAGAAACUAUUAGGAUCCGUUAGAAUUCCUACUGAAUCGUAUGAUUCUCAUCUAGAUCCUAUUGAAUUUCCUAAGGUAUAUGAAAACUUCACAGUGUUACAUGACUAUUUCCGUAAGACGUACCCUGCAGUGCAUAAGACUUUGAAACUUGAUGAAACUAAAUACAAAUACAAUUUGGUUUACGUUUGGGAGGGGAAAGAUGCUAGUUUAAAGCCUUUAGUUUUAGCAGGACAUCAAGAUGUCGUGCCUGUCAAUGCAGAAACCAUAGAUCAAUGGGGGUAUCCACCAUACAAUGGUACGUUUGAUGGCGAGAAUCUUUUCGGUAGAGGUGUUGCUGAUUGCAAAGCUUUGGUCAAUUCGGUUUUUGAAUCAGUGGAAUUAUUAAUUAAGGGCGGAUUCCAACCAAAGCGUACUGUGAUCUUGGCAUUUGGAUUUGACGAAGAAGUUGGUGGCGGAUAUGGUGCCCAGACCAUAAACGAGCACCUUAUGGACAAAUAUGGCACUGACGGGAUAUAUGCCAUUGUAGAUGAGGGUGGAAGUUCGGUAGAGAAAAUUGGUGACACCUAUUUCGCUUUACCGGCAGUUGGUGAAAAGGGUUCAUUAAGCAGCAUAAUUCAGUUGAACACAAAGGGAGGACAUUCUUCGGUGCCUCCUGAAAACACUGGUAUUGGUAUAAUGGCUGAUUUGAUCCAUAGUGUAGAGACGAAUCCAUUCAAACCGUCCCUCCAUUUGGAAAAUCCGUUCUUGAAACAUUUGUACUGUAUGGUAGAACACACUGACACUGACGAUAUCGGUCUCCCCAGAAAUGCAAUCCGUCAUUACGAGCACAGCAAGUAUGCAAGGGACCAUGUGGUAGAUUGGGUCAGUGGUAAUGACAAAUUCAAAUGGUUGAUAAAGACUACGCAGGCAGCUGAUAUUUUCCAUAGCGGAUUCAAAAUCAACGCCUUGCCAGAACUAUCUACACUAUACAUUAACCAUAGAAUCAACAUCGGAUCCAAUUGCCACGACACUGAACAAAAAAUCAUGGACCAAGUGGAGACUAUCGCCAAGAAAUACGGAGUUGGCUUAACCUAUAAGGGCGAAACUGUCAUCGAAGACGCCAAUGGCCUCGGAAGUUUUGAGUUUGACACAUCAGAAUGCCUUGAACCGGCACCUGUAUCGCCUACAUAUGGUAACGAAGCUUGGGGUACUUUUGCCGGUACCAUUAGACAUAUCCUCGAAGAUAUCACGUACCCAGGUGCCAAAGCCGUCGUUUCCCCAUCGAUCACUACGGGGAAUACAGAUACUGCCAAGUAUUGGAAUCUAACCAAGAAUAUCUACCGUUACAGGUUUUCAACUACUAACUCUGUCACGGAAGGCCAUGUGCACGGCGUGAAUGAGACUAUAUCUGCACAAUCAUACAUGAACAUGAUUGCAUUCGCAUACGAGUAUAUCCAAAACUCUUGUGAAUGA